AUGGCAAUAUCUGGUCCAUUCAGCCUUAAAUACAACGAAAAAUACUUGUCCUACAUUAAUGACAACUCCGAGCUACAUGGCUUCCUCCAAUUCUCAGGAGACUACCCGCCAUCGACGUAUUCCUUAUUCGAAGUCGAGAUGGCCAAGACAGCUGAACAACUCUUUAGUAUAAGAUCGGUUUUCAACAACAAGUAUUGGGUUUGUCGAUUAAGUAACAACGAGCACGACGAGCAUUGGAUCGUUGCCGAAGCCGAUGAGCCAAAUGAAGAUCAGUCUAGUCUCACAUGCACUCUAUUUAAAUGGAUUUUUAUCGAUUCGGAUCGUGAUCAAGUACAACUCCGCCAUGUCAAUCUUAAUAUGAACGUUUCCGUAUCGGAGACCUACUCUCAAUCCCUUCUUUCCAUUUUUGGAAAUGGACUCGAUCCAUCGGCUCAACUUGAAUCAGAUGUGUUCGAAUUGUUCAAAUUAUGGGAUGUGGCUAGCUCGAAAGAACCAACAAUAGUUGCGUUCAAGGGUGACAAUGGAAAAUACCUUCAAGUUGAUCCAAUUGAUGGCAUCGCAUAUCUAAAGUUCUCAGCUGAUGAUAAUCAGCGCUUAACAGUAUGGUUUGAAUGCCACCACACAGACCAUGGUAUUUACAUUCAAUCAAAAUCUAAUGGUUUAUUGUGGAGGCAUGAUUCUAAAGUGAUUCUUGCUGAUUGUUCAACCGAUCAUCUAUCCGGUGAUUACAACUCUUUAUUUCACAUUAAAAGGACAAAAACAAAGGAAAACAAGGAAUUGGUUGCCUUGUGUGUAGGUAAAUUUUAUUGCCAACGGAAUAACGAGUCGGGCGAUAUGAAGGAUUGCCUCGUUGCAUAUGCUUCUAACAUUACUGGUGAAGCAGAAAUACGUAUGGACAAGCAUUUGAGAAAGCUAGGAGCAUCGAGUUAA